AUGUCCACAGAAGCCAACGACGCCACGGCAGCAGCGCCCAAAGAGAUGAACGUGGAAAUGGACGUAGAUGCCGAAAUGGAGGACAGCACUCAGGAUGCCAGCACGACAACGGCCGCUGGCAAACCCAACAACUCACAGAACAACAAUGACUCCUCAUCUGCAACACUCGACCACGAGUUCACGCAGUCCGAAACUCAAGCAGCAGCGAGCUCGGGGGCCGGCGCAGGCGCAAAUACGACGACCGCGACAGGAGGAACAAGUGGCGGCACGGGCCUUCUACACGGGAAUCGCAAGGACGUGACGCUGCGCGAGUUCUUGAGCAAGAUGGACGACUAUGCGCCAAUUAUCCCCGACGCAGUCACAGCACACUAUCUCACACUCUCCGGCCUGCCACCGCCAUCGCCCGCAGACCCAACAGGCGCAAGCACGAACACGACCCCGCUCCCGCUCGCGCGACUCCUCGCGCUCGCGACCCAGAAAUUCGUCGCCGACAUCGCCGCCGAUGCGUACCAGUACAGCCGGAUCCGGUCGUCGAACUCGGCGUCCGCGAACAACCCGCUCGGCAGCGGUGGCAUCGGCGCCGGCGGCCCUGGCGGCGCAGCGAUCGGUGCAUCUGGUGCGGGCGCCGCGGGCAAGGGUGGUCAGCAGGGUGCGCAGCUCGGCGUGCAGAGGAGUGGCUUUGGUGGUGGAGGGCAGGGCGGCACCGGACAGGGGCGCACGGUGUUGACGAUGGAGGAUUUGGGCAUGGCGGUCCAGGAGUACGGGGUUAAUAUUAAGAGGGGGGAGUUCUAUCGAUGA